UGCGAGGGGGUGGCGGUGGAGAUCGUAUGGGGGGAUUGUGCGAGGCCCAGAGACAUUGACAACAAUUUACACACACACGUACACACGCACAAAACAACAACGCGCUUAGUAACAUCAGCAACAACAAACUCGGCGAACUCGUUGAACAAAUUAUAACGUGGAGCACACACAAAUUGGGAUGCGGUCGCGUAGCAAUUCAGGCGUUCGCCUGGACUACUAUCAGCGCAUUGUGCAUCGCUUGAUUUUGGCCCAUCAGGAGCCAGUGACCGGCUUGUUUCCCGCCUCCAAUGUCAAUUCGCACGCCUGGAUUCGUGACAAUGUCUAUUGCAUUCUGGCCGUUUGGGGCCUGUCGAUGGCGUAUAAGAAGAUUGCCGAUCAAGAUGAGGAUCGUGCCAAAUGCUAUGAGCUGGAACAGAGCUGUGUGAAGCUAAUGCGUGGCCUGCUCAUGGCCAUGAUGAAUCAAAAGGAUAAAGUGGAAAAAUUCAAAAUGACACAAAGUCCAUACGAUUCAUUGCACGCCAAAUACUCCAGCAAAAAUGGUCUGCCCGUGGUGGCGGACAACGAAUGGGGUCAUUUGCAAAUCGAUGCUGUUUCGCUGUAUCUGCUGAUUUUGGCUCAAAUGACCGCUUCGGGUCUGCAGAUUGUCUUCUCGUUGGACGAAGUUUCGUUCAUACAGAAUUUGGUAUUCUACAUUGAGUCCGCCUACUCCAUACCCGAUUAUGGCAUCUGGGAGCGUGGCGAUAAGACCAAUCAUGGUGAGCCGGAGCUUAAUGCCAGCUCCAUUGGCAUGGCCAAGGCUGCACUAGAGGCCAUGAAUGAACUGGAUUUGUUUGGCGCACGCGGCGGACCCGCCAGCGUUAUACAUGUGCUCGCCGAUGAGGCGCACAAAUGUCAGGCGGUGCUGCAAUCGAUGCUGCCGCGUGAAUCCAACAGCAAAGAGCUCGACUCGGGACUGCUAUGUGUCAUUGGCUUUCCAGCGUUUGCGGUCGACGAUGAACAGCUCAUACACAACACCAAAGAUGCCAUAUUGUCGCGUCUGCAAGGCAAAUAUGGUUGCAAGCGCUUUUUGCGCGAUGGCUAUCGCACACCCAAAGAGGAUCCAUCGCGUCUCUACUAUGAACGCUGGGAGCUGCGCAUGUUCGAGAACAUUGAGUGCGAAUGGCCGCUCUUCUAUUGCUAUCUGAUACUGUUCCAUGCAUUUCAAAAUGACAAGCGGUCGGUGCAAGAGUAUGCCGAUCGUCUGGAGAAGAUCAUGGUGCGCUCCGAGGAUGGUAUUCUGCUCGUACCCGAAAGCUAUGCGGUGCCCCAGGAUCUGGUGGGCUUCGAAUAUCAGAAACCUGGUUCGCAGGCACGCGAAGUUGUCGGUCGUUGUCCGUUUCUUUGGGGCCAGUCGCUCUUUAUUUUGGGCCGUUUGCUGCAAGAGGGCUUCUUGGCUGUGGGUGAGCUGGAUCCAUUGAAUCGUCGUUUGGGUGCACAAAAGAAACCCGACGUUGUAGUGCAGGUCGUCAUCAUUGCGGAGGAUAACGAAAUUCGCGACAAGCUGGCCGAGCAUGAUCUGCAUGUGCAAACCAUUGCCGAGGUCGCACCCAUUGAGGUGCAGCCGGCUCGUGUGCUUAGUCAUUUGUACACGUAUCUGGGACGCAAUCGCAAGUUGGGACUCAGUGGCCGUAAAUCCCGUGAUGUUGGCAUCUUGAGCACCAGCAAAUUGUAUUCGCUGAAGGAUCGCAUCUUUGCCUUUACGCCGCAGCAUAUCGAUUAUGAAGAAUACUACACGACACGCGAUCCCGAUCUGCUCGCAAGCAAUUUUACCACAAACUUAGCCUUCUUGACCAACAAUUGGCGUCACAUGUUGGGCAGGCCGACAAUCACAUUAAUGGCAACGCAUUAUAUGCUAGACCAGGAUAAGAUACCGCUGGCCAUGAUUCAGACAAUGCGGAAACUAAAGUCGGGAUAUAUUAAUGGCACCCGGGUUAUGCUGGGCAGCCUGAAGGACUUCCUCAACACGUCGGCCAUCACGGACUUGAGCUUUUUGGGCAGCACCGAGGAUGGUUAUCCGGAUCGCCUGCAUCCCGAUGUGCAGACCUAUUUGGACGAGCAUCUGUUGCGUUCGUUCAGCAAUCGCAGCACCAUGAAUCUCCGUGGCGGACAGCUGCGCCCUCGCCAUCUCCGUCGUCGCAUGUCCUGCAAGGGCGCCAUCAAAAAGACGCGUUCUAUUAACGUUGACUCUGACAAUCUGGGCAUGGAGGGACCAUCGCCAUUGACCGAGCGUCGUCUGUCGUCGGUGGUGCCGCCGCCGUGGCUGCAGGCAAACAAGCAAGGACACGUCAGUGUGUUUGCCACAACGCCCGAGGAGGGACCGACAUCGCCACCGCAGCUGGGAGGGGAGUUGGGACUCCGGGAGAACAUCUAUCCCGUGGAUCCGCAUCAUAGUCGCUCGGCCAUCGAUCGUCGCAGCGAAUUUGUGCGACAACAAGAGAUAACAGUGCCAAAAAUUCUCAUCCAACGCCAUCGUGCGGAAACCAAUUUUGCCGACACAGAGGUGGAGGAGCUAAUUGCCAUGCUGCGCGAAACGGAGAGUCUCGAGGAGCAAGGCGACAUUCUGCAGUAUCUGGUGGACACACAAGGACUCGACUUCAAUACAGCUGGCCUGGGCCUAAAGCACAAAUCCGAUGACAAUGCGGCUGAGCUUGAUCAAGCGUUUAUGGACGAUGUGAUGCUCGAACUGUCAACGGCUGGUGCUGGUGGUAGUGGUGGUGUUGGUGGUGGUGAUGGUUGUGGUGGUGCUGGUGCUGCAGCUGGUGGUGAGAAGAAGAAGCCGCCAAUGUUGCCCGUCAAGGUGCCGACAGUGAUAAUUGAUCCAACGACCACAACCACAUCCACAGCGAGCAAAAAGGAUCUGGAUAAUGCCAACGCAACGGCAACGGCAACAACCGGCAUCCCAGCUGCACCUGUUGCCCCUGCCCCUGCCUCGCCCGCUGCCCCCGCCGCCGGCUGCAGUACCAACAACAACAGCUUGAAUAACAACGAUUCUUCUCAAUCUGAAGGCAUGCUGGAGGAGGGACGCGUCGUCACCGUUAGGGAUCUGCUCAAGGGCCUCUACGAGAAGGCGUGCCAACAAAAACUCUGGGGUCUGGUGCGUCACACCGCCGGCAUGCUGGGCAAACGUGUCGAGGAUCUGGGCAAAGCCGUCACCGAUCUGUUGGUCCGUCAGAAGCAGGUCACCGUUGGCAUGCCGCCAAACAAUGAGCACACCAUCACAGCACCGCUGCCCGAGGGCGAGUUGCGUCAACUCAUACACGAUGCCUAUGGUGACGAUGAGAGCACAGCCAUGUUGACGCAGGAGCUGAUGGUGUAUCUGGCCAUGUUUAUACGCACCGAGCCGAACCUGUUUCACGAGAUGUUGCGUCUGCGUGUCGGCUUGAUCAUUCAGGUGAUGGCCAAGGAACUGUCGCGCACGCUCAUCUGUGACGGCGAAGCGGCAUCGGAGCAUCUACUUAAUCUGUCGCCAUUCGAGAUGAAGAACCUGCUCUAUCACAUACUCAGCGGCAAGGAGUUUGCCGUCAGCAGUGUGGCACGCGGUAAUCUGUCCAUUGUCAGCUGCAAGUCGAGUCGCGUCAGCAAGAAGAGCCAAAUUGGUCUGGGCGAUCCCGAGGGCGAGGAUGCGCUCAUUGCCACCAUCGAUGAUCGCCAGGGUCAAUGGCUGCGUCGGCGACGACUCGACGGCGCCCUCAAUCGUGUACCACGGGAUUUCUAUUCGCGCGUCUGGACGGUGCUGGAGAAAUGCCAGGGACUGGCCAUCGAGGGACGUGUGCUGCAGCAGAGUCUCACACAGGAGAUGACGCCGGGCGAAUUGAAGUUUGCCCUCGAGGUGGAAACGGCACUCAAUCAAAUACCACAGCCCGAGUACAGGCAGCUGGUGGUGGAGGCGCUGAUGGUGUUAACACUUGUCACCGAGCACAACAUGGUGCCCUGCCUGGGGGACGUGAUCUAUGUGGAGCAUCUGGUGCACAAGGCGAAUCAAUUGUUCUUGGAGGAUCAGCGCAAAGUGCAGGGCGAUGCAACGUUGUGCUGCGCCAAGCUCAAGGAUGGCAAGGAGCAGCAACAGGCUGCCUCGGGCAUGCUGCUCUGCGGUGGUGCCGCCUACAUCUGUCAGCAUCUGUACGACAGCGCGCCUAGUGGCAGCUAUGGCACCAUGACCUAUAUGUCGCGUGCCGUCGCUUUGGUGCUGGACUGUGUGCCCAAGCAUGGGGAGAAGGAAUGCGCAAUCUCCUAAAGUGCGAAUGCUACAAUGAUGGUACACUCGACCUGGAACACACAACAACAACAGCAACAACAAGCAAGGAAACUUAAUGCCAUGUACUGUUAACACUGACUUGACGGGCUCAUCCCAAUGUUCGUUUUGGUUUUUUUCUCUCUCGUUCUUUGGCUAUCUCUGUCUAACGCAAUCUCUCUCUAGCUCUAUAUGUAUGUAUGUCUUGAUCUUUUGCAGAGUUACACAUUCUCUCUUGCUCUAGCCCAACGAUAUAAGUUAAGUCUGAGAUCCGAACCUCCAAAAAUGCGAACUCUGUGACAAGGCUAUAUAUACUAUAUAUAUAGUAUAUAUGUUUUGUAGACCAACCGCCUACUUAGCCAUCUUUUUUUUGUUAAAGUGUUUUUGUUUAGUUUUCUUGAGCGGCUAAAUUGGGAAAUUCGCAUUGUGCUCUUCCCAAAACUACCUACGUAUAUACAAGUAUAUACACAUACUAUAUAACACAUAUAUCUAUAUCGAUAUUGACUAUGUAUUAUCCUAAAAUAAAACGCUGCGCGCCAACAAACUGGUUUUAUACUCGCAGAUUAUCCUUGAAACGAAGGGGAUUCAACAACGACUUCUUUCAAAAUAUGUUCUUGAGGCAAUAAACUGCAAGUUUUUUAUUGUGACAACAAAUAGUGACAAAGAAAUAAAUAUAAAAAAUGUUUGCAAUGUUCAA